AUGUGGAACGGAACAGUCCGCAAACGGGGCCGCGAUCGACCGGCUAUUUACUUCGAAGAUCAAGUGUGGACCUACGAUCAGGUGGACGGUUAUUCGAACAAAGUGGCCAAUCAUCUCAUUCAAGCAGGAUUUAAACGUGGAGAUAAAAUAUUUCUCUUAUUACAUUCCUCUCCUGCCUAUGUGGCGAUAUGGCUUAGAGCUGCCAAGGUCGGUGUAGCUGCGGCUUUAUUAAACUACAAUCUACGACAAGCAUCGCUGGAGCAUUGCUUGAAUGCGGUGGACGCGAAAGCGAUUAUCGUGGGGACCACCCUGCGUGAUGCAUUCCUCGAAGUCAAGGGAGACAAGAGAUUCCCAGCCAGUAUGAUCUGGUACGCAGAUGAGAAAAGUAGCACUCCAGAUUCCGCACAUGCCAUGACUACUUCAUCUAAGGAAAGUUGGAAUCAGAGGUUGGCUGCUACUCCUCCUCCACCCUUGCCGCGAAUCAACAAUCGAAGAGAGCAUUUGAUUUAUGUGUACACAAGUGGGACCAGUGGCUUUCCGAAAGCUGCAAUCAUCACAAAACCCCGUUACAUACUCAUGUCGUCCGGUGUGCGUUAUUCGUUCCGCAUCUACAAAUCAGACGUGCUGUACACUCCGUUACCGUUAUAUCACAUCGCCGCGGGGAUUUGCGGAGGUCGAAUUGCUUUAAUACCACAAGAAAGUCGCUUAGCACUUAGACGUGGUGAUCAAGUUAAUCGUGGUACAAUGCAGGGCUGA